UGUGCGUAUUUUGGUGUUAAAGUUUGGAGAUAAUCUAAUAUGUUUCUUCAAAAGAUCAGUGACAGUUAGAUCAUAUAAUAGAUGAAAAAACAAGAAAUGGUGCCUAGUGACUUUAUAUGACAUAAAUAACAAACCAGUAGAAAGAGAACUAUUUUACGAUGAACAUGAUAAAGAGUGAAGAGGAGGAAAAGAUAAGAAUAGAAGAUGAGAUAAUUGCUGAGAGAGAGAAUAAGAAUGUGAAAGAGGAGGAAUCAGAUUUUACAAUUCUAGUUCAUAAACAGGUUACGGAGAGUGAAGCUGAGCCUAGUUCUCCUAGUUCUCUCUUGCUUCCUGGAAAUAAUCUGGGUAGUCAGGAUACUCUGGGCAUCAGAGGGAGGGGGGACAAGGAAGAAGAAGUAAGAAGAUGGAGAGGAGAGGAGUUGGAAGGACGGGGAAUGAUUAAAUCAGAUCAUGAACAGAAAAUAUUUAAACAAGAAAAUCAUCUUCUUCUAGAUGAUUCUUCAGUUUCUUCAGAUGAUAUAGAGAACUGUGAUGAGUUUGAUGAGGAUGAACUAGAUGAUGAUAUCAAGGAGGAAGAAUCUGAGUCUCCUGCCACCUCCUUAACUAACCAGGAGAGAGAAAACUCAGUCAAUAUUCCUGGCAAUCAUACACUCAAUACCUGGCAAAACCUUGAUGCUAAUGAGAAGAAGAACUGUAUUGGGUCUAUAGAGAGGCUGGAACAAGUACCUGAACCUAGAUCUAAAUUAAACACUUCUUUUGGAUCUGCAAAAUUGAAGACUGGAAAAAAUCCUUUAUUGCGUUUGGCAUCUAAGACAUCUAUGCGUCUGAAGGGCAUUGAAGUUGAGAAGAGCAGUGAAGAUGUGACACUAGAACCUGUAGAUGGAGAUGGUGCUGGGGGUGGGGGUGAUGUAGACGGUGGUGUAGGUUCUCCAUAUUAUCCUGUCUUUCUUCCCAUGGACCAAGAUUUUAAAGCCAAGUAUAUGUGGCAUCACAGGAACCUGGCUAAACGAGGGAAAUCCAUUCAGGAACUGAAUUUUAUGAAUUUGUAGGACCGCUGAACUGCCUACCACCGGUUCAAAUUUGAAUCACCGAUUCAAAUCCUUCUUGAAGGUUUAACCUAUAAAAUCGGUAGUUCAAAUUAGAACCGGCAAUAGAUAGUUCAGCAAUGUAGCUCAAAUUCAUUAUGUUUGGUCCCAGGAACGGGUUUAUGUAUUCCUGGAGCACCCUGGCGGAUGGAUGUGUUUUAUUUAUCAUAUGUCGGUAUUCAUGCUUGUUCUCGUUUGCCUGAUAUUCAGUGUUCUCUCAACAAUAGAUGAAUACGCGGGCUUUGCUAAUGAAACCCUGUUUUGGAU